AUGGAUUACAAAGAACAGCAAACGCAGGAGAUAGAAGCUCUACAAGCCAUUUAUCAAGAAGACGAGCUUCAAGUCACUUGUGAUCAGUAUCCGAAUAUUUCAUUGCGAGUGAAUCUCAAAUCAAACCAGGAAAAUGAAUGUGCCUACGAUUUCGAUCUUGCCCUAGUUCUGCAGUUACCAGAGACUUACCCUGAUGUCAUCCCACAAAUAUCAUUAGAAGGUCUUGAAGAUAUUUUUAGUGAAGAUCGAGUACAGCAAGCUGUUCAGGUGAGUAAUAACUGUUUUUUUGCGUCUGUUGCAGAUACUUUUAUCGAUCAGUUGAAAAUAACCAUGCUCUUUCCUUUGCUUUAA